UUGAACCUCUUGUCCUCCCUCAUUCUCUCUCUCUCUAACUUUCUCUCUCUUGUGUGAAACCCCUCUACUGUCUGCGACUGGCAGUCGCAGCACCUCAGAAUAUCUCUCUCUAACCCUAACCUAGCCCUAGCCCUAAUCACAACACAUACUGCGUUCUUUGUCGUACCUUUGCCCUAAAAAUGCGGUAAUAUUUUCACUGAAAAUGUAUUCGUUCGCAAUGUCAAUAGAGUUUUUACUGGUUUUUAUGCCAAUGUCUCUUAAAAGAAGGGUUUGUUGGGUACUCUGGAAUUGAAGGUUGGUAUCUCUGCGACGAAAAUGGAGCUUGAUGAGUAUAGUGUUGAAAUGGCAUGUGCGGUUGGUGCCGCCGUGUUUGCUGUGAUUAGCUUUCUAUCUGUUACGAUUCUCUGGGCAGUCAAUUGGAGGCCAUGGAGGAUAUACAGUUGGGUCUUUGCAAGGAAGUGGCCGGAAUUUGUUCAAUGUCCGCAAUUGAGCUUCUUAUGCGGUUUUCUAUCACUUUGUGCUUGGAUUAUUGUGAUAUCUCCAAUUGCUAUGCUUGUGUUUUGGGGUGCCUGGCUGGUUGCCAUUUUGGAUCGAGAUCUAAUAGGUCUUGCAGUGAUAAUGGCUGGUACCGCUCUCCUGCUGGCAUUUUAUGCCAUAAUGCUUUGGUGGAGAACUCAGUGGCAAAGCUCAAGAGCUGUUGCUAUUCUUCUUCUUCUUGCUGUAGCUCUCCUGUGUGCAUAUGAACUUUGUGCGGUAUAUGUCACAACUGGUGGCAAACCAGCUGAACAUUCACCAUCUGGCUUUUUCUUUGGUGUAUCAGCAAUUUCAUUGGCAAUCAACAUGCUUUUUAUAUGCAGAAUGGUCUUUAAUGGAGCUGGCCUAGAUGUUGAUGAAUAUGUGCGAAGGUCAUACAAGUUUGCUUAUUCUGACUGUAUUGAAGUUGGUCCGGUAGCUUGCUUGCCGGAACCUCCUGAACCAACUGACCUGUCAUUGCAUAAAUGUAGCAGGACUUCACACCUUGGGCUUCUGUACAUUGGGUCGCUGGUUGUGCUUGUUGUAUACUCUGUCUUGUAUGGGUUGACAGCAAAGGAAGCCCGAUGGCUUGGGGCAACCACCUCGGCUGCUGUUAUUGUACUUGACUGGAACAUGGGGGCAUGUCUUUUCGGCUUUGAUCUCCUAAAAAGUCGAGUUACAGCUCUGUUUGUUGCGGGAACCUCUAGGAUUUUUCUCAUCUGCUUUGGUGUGCAGUACUGGUACUUGGGACAUUGCAUUAGUUAUGUGGUCGUUGCAUCUGUUCUUUUGGGAGCUGCUGUUUCUCGUCACUUUUCUGUUACCAAUCCAAUAGCUGCUAGACGUGAUGCUUUGGAGAGUACGGUGGUUCGGUUAAGGGAGGGGUUCCGGAGGAAAGGAUUGACUAGUUCUUCCAGUUCUUCUGAAGGUUGUGGGUCUAGUGCUAAACGUAGUAGCAGUGUUGAAGCCUGUCACCUAGGUGGGAUUGGGAAUAUUGAUAAUGGCAUUGAUAGUGGAAGACCCAGUGUAGCAUGGCGGAGUAGUUCUUGCCGUUCAGUUGUUCAAGAAUGUGAAAUGGUGUUUACUGAUAGGAGUCUAGACAAUAUCAGUUCUUCAGUCAUUUGUGCUAGUGGUGGGUUGGAAAGUCACGGAUGUGACUCAAGCACAUCAACAAAUUCAAUAAACCAACAAACUUUGGAUUCAAAUUUAGCUCUUAUUUUUCAGGAGAAGUUAAAUGAUCCCCGGGUUACUUCUAUGUUAAAAAGGAAAGCAAAGCAAGGUGAUCGUGAAAUAGCCAGUCUACUUCAUGAUAAAGGGCUAGACCCAAAUUUUGCUGUGAUGUUGCGGGAGAAGGGUUUGGACCCGACAAUUCUGGCAUUGCUUCAGAGGAGCAGUUUAGAUGCAGAUAGAGAUCAUCGGGAUAAUAAUGAUGCUGCUAUCAAUGAUUUAAAUUCUCUUGAAAAUGCUGCAGCCAUCCAAAUUUCAUGGUCAGAAGAAUUGAGGCGACGGGGUUUGGAGAAAUGGACUGAAUUAUCUAGAACUGUUCUUCGUCACAUAGCUGGUAGCCCAGAGAGAGCUUGGGUACUUUUCAGUUUAGUCUUUAUUCUGGAAACUGUGAUUGUAGCCAUCUAUCGUCCAAAGACCAUCAAAGUGAUAAACGCAACUCAUGAACAGUUUGAAUUUGGCUUUUCAGCGCUGCUUUUUUCGCCAGUUGUUUGUUCCAUUAUGGCUUUCCUUCAUUCACUUCAAGCAGAAGACAUGGCCAUGACCUCCAGAUCCCGCAAGUAUGGCUUCAUUGCUUGGUUGAUGACUACCUGCGUUGGCUUACUACUUUCAUUCUUAAGCAAAUCAUCUGUUCUGCUUGGUUUAGCACUUACGAUCCCACUCAUGGUAGCAAGUCUCUCAGUUGCAGUUCCAUUGUGGAUUCGCAAUGGUCACAGAUUUUGGGUUCCACGAAUGGAUUGUGCUGGCCAGACAAACAACCCACAAAUUCUUGGGCGGAAGGAGGGGAUUGUCCUCACGGUUUCUAUGCUGAUAUUUAUUGUCUCACUUUUGGCUCUUGGUUCAAUAAUAUCUAAAAAACCUAUGGAUGAUUUGCGCUAUGAGGCUUGGAAUGGAGAUAAAGAAAGUUUUGAUUCUCCGUACACAUCAUCUUUUUACCUUGGCUGGGCAAUAACUUCAGCACUGGCUUUAAUAGUUACUGGUGUGCUUCCCAUUGUUUCGUGGUUUGCAACCUAUAGGUUUUCACUCUCUUCAGCCACUUGCAUCAGUAUCUUUGCAAUUGUUCUUGUUGCGUUUUGUGGAGCAUCAUAUUUUGGAGUCGUGAAUUCUCGAGUUGAUCAGGUUCCAAUGAAGGCAGAUUUUCUUGCUGCUCUACUGCCCUUGAUUUGCAUCCCUGCAGUGCUAUCACUUUAUUCGGGUCUGCAUAAAUGGAAAGAUGAUGAUUGGAGGCUUUCUCGAGGUGUUUAUGUAUUUGUUGGAAUUGGUUUACUGCUCUUGCUUUGUGCAAUAUCAGCCGUCAUUGUUACUGUUAAGCCUUGGACGAUUGGAGUGGCUUGCCUUUUAGUUCUCCUUCUUCUUGUCCUGGCCAUUGGGGUCAUCCACUUUUGGGCUUCAAACAAUUUUUAUCUGACAAGGACACAGAUGUUCUUAGUUUGUCUUCUAGCAUUUGUUCUUGCUUUGGCUGCUUUUCUGGUUGGACUGCUGGAAGAUAAGCCUUUUGUGGGAGCAUCCGUUGGUUACUUCUCAUUUUUAUUUCUUCUUGCUGGGCGGGCAUUGACUGUUCUUCUUUCACCUCCAGUAGUCGUCUACUCACCAAGAGUGUUGCCUGUUUACGUUUAUGAUGCUCAUGCGGAUUGUGCAAAAAAUGUCAGUUCUGCAUUCCUUGUUUUGUAUGGGAUCGCCUUGGCUACAGAAGGCUGGGGUGUUGUUGCAAGUUUGAAAAUUUAUCCCCCUUUUGCUGGAGCUGCUGUAUCAGCAAUAAAUCUUGUUGUAGCAUUUGGGUUUGCUGUUUCUCGUCCUUGUUUGACCCUCAAGAUGAUGGAAGAUGCUGUGCACUUUCUCGGUAAAGAUACCGUAAUUCAGGCAAUUGCUCGAUCAGCCACAAAGACUAGAAAUGCUUUAUCUGGAACUUACUCAGCUCCACAAAGAUCGGCUAGUUCUGCUGCUCUCUUGGUUGGGGAUCCUACCAUUACUAGAGAUCGGGGUGGGAAUUUUGUGCUUCCAAGAGCGGAUGUGAUCAAAUUGAGAGAUCGCUUGAGAAAUGAGGAAGUUGCUGCAGGGUUAUCCUUUUGUGGAAUGAAAAGUGGCUUAACAUAUCGGCAUGAGUCUUCUAAUGAUGUAGACUACAGAAGGAAAAUGUGUGCUCAUGCACGCAUAUUGGCUUUGGAGGAGGCUAUAGAUACGGAAUGGGUAUACAUGUGGGAUAAGUUUGGUGGAUAUUUGCUACUCUUGCUGGGUUUGACUGCCAAAGCAGAGCGUGUACAGGAUGAGGUUCGCUUGCGUCUUUUCCUUGAUAGUAUUGGUUUCUCAGAUCUUAGUGCCAAGAAAAUAAAAAAGUGGCUGCCUGAAGAUCGUAGGCAGUUUGAAAUGAUACAAGAAAGUUACAUUAGGGAAAAGGAGAUGGAAGAGGAAAUGUUGAUGCAGAGACGUGAAGAGGAGGGGAAGGGAAAAGAAAGAAGAAAGGCCCUCUUGGAAAAAGAAGAACGCAAGUGGAAAGAGAUAGAAGCCUCUCUUAUGUCCUCUAUUCCUAAUGUUGGAAGCAGAGAGGCGGCGGCAAUGGCUGCAGCGGUGCGUGCCGUUGGUGGAGAUGCUGUUUUGGAGGAUUCUUUUGCCAGGGAGCGGGUAUCUAGCAUUGCUCGUCGCAUCCUCACAGCUCAGAUGGCACGUCGAGCACAACAGACUGGGGUCCUGGGUGCUGUAUGUAUUCUUGAUGAUGAACCUAGGACAGGGGGCAGACACUGCGGUGCAGUUGAUCCGGCUGUGUGCCAAAGUCAGAAGGUUACCUUUUCUAUUGCAGUCAUGAUCCAGCCUGAGUCAGGCCCUGUUUGUCUUUUAGGAACUGAAUUUCAGAAGAAAAUUUGCUGGGAGGUCCUUGUGGCUGGUUCAGAGCAAGGUAUAGAGUCCGGGCAAGUUGCACUUAGAUUGGUUACAAAAGGUGUCAGGCAGACCACUGUUGUAAAAGAAUGGAAUAUUGGGGCAACGAGCAUUGCGGAUGGAAGGUGGCAUAUGGUAUCUGUGACCAUUGAUGCUGAACUGGGUGAGGCAGCUUCUUUCGUGGAUGGGGGUUUUGAUGGAUAUCAAACUGGAUUGCCACUACUUGUAGAGAAUGGUAUAUGGGAGCAGGGAACCGAAGCUUGGAUUGGAAUAAGACCUCCAACAGAUUUAGAUGCAUUUGGUAGGUCAGAUAGUGAAGGAUCUGAAUCUAAAAUGCAUUUAAUGGAUGCAUUUUUGUGGGGAAGAUGUUUGAAUGAGGAUGAGAUUGCUGCUCUGUAUACUGCUACAAUUUCAGAGGAGUACAAUCUGGCUGAUCUUCCGGAUGAGGGAUGGCACUGGGCUGAAUCUCCUCCAAGGGUUGAUGAGUGGGACAGCGAGCCUGCAGAUGUUGAUUUGUAUGAUAGGGAUGAUGUUGAUUGGGAUGGGCAGUUCUCUAGUGGGAGGAGAAGAAGGGCUGAAAGGGAAGGAGUGGCUGUGGAUAUGGAUUAUCUUGCUAGGAAGUUCAGGAAGCCGAGGAUGGAAACAAGGGAGGAAAUAAAUCAAAGGAUGCGCUCUGUUGAGCUUGCUGUGAAGGAGGCGCUUUUUGCUAGAGGGGAAAUGCAUUUUACUGACCAGGAGUUCCCUCCCAAUGAGCAAUCAUUGUUUGUUGAUCCAGAUAAUCCUUCUCCAAAACUACAGGUUGUUUCUGAAUGGAUGCGGCCUAUGGAAUUAAUGAAAGAGAGCUCUAUGGGUUCUAUUCCAUGUUUAUUUUCUGGACCUGCCAAUCCUUCUGAUGUUUGUCAGGGUCGAUUAGGUGAUUGUUGGUUCUUAAGUGCUGUUGCUGUCCUCACUGAGGUUUCCCAGAUAUCCGAAGUGAUAAUUACGCCACAAUUUAAUGAGGAAGGUGUAUAUACUGUCCGCUUCUGCAUUCAGGGUGAAUGGGUUCCAGUUGUUGUUGAUGAUUGGAUUCCAUGUGAGUCACGUGGCAAGCCAGCAUUUGCAACGAGUAGGAAGAGCAAUGAGCUUUGGGUUUCCAUUCUUGAAAAAGCUUAUGCAAAGCUUCAUGGGUCUUAUGAGGCACUUGAGGGUGGGCUGGUCCAAGAUGCUCUUGUGGACCUGACUGGUGGGGCUGGUGAAGAGAUAGACAUGAGGAGUGCGCAAGCUCAGAUUGAUCUUGCAAGUGGAAGAUUGUGGUCUCAGUUAUUACGCUUCAAGCAAGAGGGUUUUCUUCUCGGUGCCGGGAGCCCAUCAGGCUCAGAUGUUCACAUUUCUUCAAGUGGAAUUGUCCAGGGACAUGCUUAUUCUGUCUUGCAGGUAAGAGAGGUUGAUGGGCACAAACUUGUUCAAAUUCGUAACCCAUGGGCUAAUGAAGUUGAAUGGAAUGGCCCAUGGUCAGACUCAUCACCAGAAUGGACCGACAGGAUAAGGCACAAGCUCAAGCAUGUUGCCCAGUCAAAAGAUGGAAUAUUCUGGAUGUCCUGGCAAGAUUUUCAACUUCACUUUCGGUCAAUAUAUGUUUGCCGGAUAUACCCACCCGAGAUGCGUUAUUCCAUACAUGGUCAAUGGCGUGGCUGCAGUGCUGGGGGCUGCCAAGAUUAUGACACGUGGAAUCAGAACCCUCAGUUUAGGCUUAGGGCAAUUGGACCUGAGGCUUCAUUGCCAAUUCAUGUUUUCAUCACAUUGACUCAGGGGGUUAGUUUUUCGAGAAAAAAUGCUGGUUUCCGGAAUUACCAAUCAAGUCACGACUCGUCGAUGUUUUACAUCGGAAUGAGGAUACUGAAAACACGUGGACGACGUGCAGCUUACAAUAUAUAUUUGCAUGAGUCGGUUGGUGGGACAGACUAUGUGAACUCAAGAGAAAUUGCUUGUGAAAUGGUCCUAGAUCCCGAUCCAAAGGGGUAUACGAUAGUGCCCACAACCAUUCAUCCUGGGGAGGAGGCACCGUUUGUUCUAUCUGUUUUCACCAAAGCAGCAAUAACUCUUGAACCCUUAUAGCAUGGUUUUACAAUGGUUGCCUAUUUGCAAAUGCUUUUCCUGCCCUUUUAAAAUGGCUGGUUAUGGUGUACUCUGGUUGAACCGGAGGUGCUUCAGCAAGUACUGAGUCCUCUCAGGUGUCCCUGGACUGUGCAUGCCUUCCGCAGGAUCUUUGAGGGGCAAAAUCUGUGAAUCUUCAAAGCUCUGUUAUUGUCAGAUCUUGGGAUGUGAUGAAUCUGCCCUCGGCUUCAUGCACAUCGCUUCAGAGUAUCAUUCACCAGAAUCAGACCAUUAUUUGCAGUGCACGACUUAUGCUCCAAACAGUUCCCUUGUGCUCACAAGACAAAUACUCUUCUUCCAUGACCAUUUAUUUGUCACAAAACAAGAAAAGGAAGAGGCAUAAAACUGAGAUGGUAUUUUUGGUCUUAUCGGACCAUCUUGAAUUGAAGUUUUCAUCGAAGGUGCUUUGAGGUUCAGAGAUGGUAGAGAAGUACCCAUUUAUGAAAUGUUCAUUGAUCGGCUUCGGAGUGCACAUUUAUUUGUAAAGAAAGAAAAAUGUAAAUUAAUGCUGUAGAAAAAUAGAGAAUACAAUAUAUUAUCCAAGGUAUUUUCUCAUUCGAUUUGC